AUGGCCGAAGAUUUGGACACCAACAAGAUCAAGGAAUGGCGGUCGAUUGUGACACUGAUUGUUUUCCUGCUGACCAAUAUCGUGGUUCUCUUCCCCUUCAAGAUCCCGAUUUACAUUCCAAGGGUCAUCUACAAUGGGUUCCUGAACAUACUCAGUGCGUGUCGCAUAAUACCCUCAAGGCGUCAUGGACAUUCGCACAACAAAGGCAGCGACAGAGCCUCAAGAUUUGUGCGGAUGAACUUUUCGAUGAGUUUAUCGACCGCACCGUUGAUUGCCGACCUCUUUUUGCUAGCAAUCUCAGCUAUUGGACGACAAGAAGUGCAUGAUGGUACAGUCGGAGCCGACAACGUCAGUCCCAUCGACAUCAUGGUAUUUUUCGUCACUCUGGCUUACAUUGCCAUUUCCAUCGAUGCAUCUGGACUCAUCAGAUUUUUGGCAUUCAAAGUGUUGCAAAAAGGAGGUAAAGUGGGCCAUUUGCUCUUCUUCUACCUAUACGCAUUCUUCUUCAGUCUGGGCACUUUUAUCGGAAACGAUCCUAUCAUUCUCUCUGGCACGGCUUUUCUGGCAUAUAUGACCAGAGUCUCGAGCAACAUCGAUAAUCCCAGAGCAUGGAUGUACUCACAGUUCUCAAUUGCGAACAUCGCCUCGGCCAUUCUCGUGUCAUCGAAUCCGGCGAAUCUGGUGCUUGCUGGAGCCUUCCAGAUCAAGUUUAUCGUCUAUACUGCGAACAUGAUCGUGCCUGUUGUGGUCACUGCGGUCGUUCUGUUCCCUUUCUUGCUGUACGUUGUUUUCGCGAGUCCACAGCUUAUUCCGCUCUCCAUCGAGAUGGAAUCCCUAUCAGACGAAGCCAAAAACAAGAAGCCAGUCAACCCCAACAUCCCCCAAGCGAAAGGAAAGAAAGACGAGGACGACGAAGAGUCUGCCGAGGACAAAGAGGCUGCACUUGCGGAAAUCAUGAACCCAUUCCUGGAUAAGGGAGGUGCAAUAUUUGGAGCUGUCGUUAUGGCAGUUGCACUCAUCACGCUUCUUGGACUCAACGCAGCCAGUUCGGAAAUCGGUGAACAUCCCGUGUUCUGGAUCACACUACCAGCCGCAUUCAUCAUGUUCUGCUGGGAUCUUACCUAUGGAUGGAAACACAGAAAAGAAACUCGCAAGAUUGCAAAGACACGUCAAGCAGAGCAGGACGAGCGUGCCAGCAGCAGCAGACCCGCCAGCGCCAUGUUCCAAACGCCAGGCGCCUCAAGCUCGUUUGUUCAUGUAGUGCCUCCCACGCCAGAGCCUGCAGGGUCUGAGAAGAGCAUUCGAUCAUUGUCCAAUACAAGUCCCAAUACCGACCAGACCAUUUCUGGAGCGGAGAGAGACUCAGGAGAUGGUAUUUUGCUCAACAAAGAGGAACCAAAAUACUCCUCUACCCAAUUAUCGUUGCCAACCACGAACAACUUGCACACCAGAAAACUAGAUGCAGCCCUGGACAAAGCUAUCGAUGAAGAGAAAACUCGAUCUUGCAGCGAGGACACGCACCCCUCACAAGAACCCCAGCGAUGGAAUCUCACUACAUGGAUUUCAGCAAAGUACAGGUGGCUGCAGGAAACUUUCCCUACUGUCAUGGCAGUCUUGAGUCAUCUUCCGCUUAAGCUUGUACCCUUUGCCCUAUCAAUGUUCGUGUUGAUUCAAGGGCUUGUCACCAAAGGAUGGAUCCCCGUAUUCGCCUAUGGCUGGGAUCAUUGGGUCACCAAGACCGGCACUAUUGGUGCGAUAGGUGGAAUGGGUUUCCUCGCUGUAAUCCUUUGCAACUUCGCAGGCACAAACAUUGGCACAGCUAUUCUGCUUGCUCGAGUCGUUCAAGCUUGGCAGCAAAUCCAUAUCAACAACGGCAUCCCCAUCAGCGAUCGCACGUUCUGGGCCACCGUGUAUUCCAUGGCUCUGGGUGUCAACUACGGAGCGUUCAGCACGGCAUUUAGUGCAUCGUUGGCUGGUCUCUUGUGGCGCGAUAUUCUUGCUCGCAAGCACAUCCACGUCCGGCGACUUGACUUUGCACGAGAAAACAUCCCUAUCAUCGCAACUUCGAUGGUGGUCGGCUGUGCAGUCUUGAUCGGGGAGAUAUACAUAAUAAGAGACAAUUCGCCGUACAAGAUGGGUUAG